UCGAUACGCGUACCCGCCAACGCGCUCUGUAUACACGCUUACCUGCGCCUAGCCGCGCUCGGCCGACGUCACCACACGUGGCGAGCGGGGACGCGCGGACAGCGCUCGUGUGUGAGUGCGCGCCGAUUAUAUGGAAUUCAGCGAUUACGCCACCUACCUAUACGAAUGCGGCGAGCGAGUGCGACCGCCGCGAAGUAAUAAUAAUAAUUAGCUGCCUCAUUAUUGUUAUUCGAGGCGACGGCACUCGCUGUCACCGGCAGAUAAACGCCGCGCGACCAGACGACGCUCGCCCCGCUCGUUCAACUCUGCCAUUGUUACGUUUGCUAUUGUUUUGUAUCGAGGAGAAGUCCGCUUUGUGUAGUAUCGUGCAGUGUUGUGUGCCUGGUCCGAUUGGACUGGAUUGUUAGACGCGACGGGACUCUCCUAUCAAGUACGUUUGCUAUCUAAAGUUCAAUUGUAUUAUAAAUGAUGGUCUAUAAAGAACGGUUGAGACGAAACUCGGACUAUACAGUGACCAGUAGCAAACGAGGAUUAAAGUACAGUGCUAAAGAUAAUCAGAUAGUCGACAAAAUAAGUGCAGUGCACUGCGGUGAGUGUAGUGAAGUGAAGUGCUGUGAGUGAACGGUGCAGUGGCGCCGUCAAGUCAAUGCCGUUGUGCCGAUGGGGCGGUGAUCUCGGGCUGACCUCGUCACUACAGCAGCGCUGGUAAAAUAUGCGGCACAAGAACGUCCACAGUAUGCCAACAUCGAGUAUAAACACCUUGUGACGCGCUGCGGUAAGGUGGAUAAAGCGGCUUUGCCGCUUUAAAUGGAUAAACGCAAGAUGCUGCCAAAGAGAGCGCGUAUUGAUAGCAUGCGGGGUCCCAUAGCCAAUGGACCCCUGCAAUCCAGGCCAUUAGUGGCGUUAUUAGACGGUCGGGACUGCACCGUUGAGAUGCCGAUCCUGAAGGACGUCGCCACAGUCGCCUUUUGCGACGCACAGUCAACAUCCGAAAUUCAUGAGAAGGUGCUGAACGAAGCAGUGGGCGCUCUCAUGUGGCACACUAUCAUACUCACGAAAGAGGACCUGGAGAAGUUCAAAGCGCUCAGGAUCAUAGUCCGUAUUGGAUCCGGCGUCGACAAUAUUGAUGUCAAAGCCGCCGGGGAAUUAGGCAUUGCAGUAUGUAACGUGCCGGGUUACGGCGUGGAAGAGGUCGCGGACACGACGUUGUGUCUCAUCCUCAAUCUUUACCGGCGGACCUACUGGCUCGCCAACAUGGUCCGGGAAGGGAAGAAAUUCACAGGGCCAGAGCAAGUACGCGAGGCCGCGGCGGGUUGUGCGCGGAUCCGCGGCGAUACCCUGGGAAUCGUGGGGCUCGGCCGCAUCGGGUCAGCGGUGGCGCUCAGGGCCAAGGCCUUCGGCUUCAACGUCAUCUUCUACGACCCCUACCUGCCCGACGGCAUCGAGAAGUCGCUAGGGCUCACGCGCGUUUAUACGCUUCAGGACCUCCUAUUCCAGAGUGACUGUGUAUCAUUGCACUGCAGCCUAAACGAGCACAAUCACCACCUCAUCAACGAGUUCACUAUCAAACAGAUGCGCCCGGGCGCGUUUCUGGUAAACACGGCGCGCGGAGGGCUAGUGGACGACGAGGGGCUCGCGGCGGCACUCAAGCAGGGCCGCAUCCGCGCCGCCGCGCUCGACGUGCACGAAAACGAACCCUUCAACGUGUUCCAGGGCCCUUUAAAAGAGGCGCCGAACAUCCUGUGCACUCCUCACGCGGCUUUCUACUCGGACGCGUCGGCGCAGGAGCUGCGCGAGAUGGCCGCGUCGGAGAUUCGUCGCGCCAUCGUCGGUCGCAUCCCUGACUGCCUGCGCAACUGCGUCAAUAAGGACUACUUCCUUCCAAGCACAGCGCCAGUGCUGGCACCGCCGACGCAGCCCAUGCCAAAGCUGGAGCCCCCGCCCAGCCCCUACAUCGAAGGUACUAACAAUCGUAUGAACGGCGGGUACUACGGCGGAGGUUCGGGCGCGCAGGCGGCGCACAGCACGACGGCGGUGCACGAGGCGCCCGCCAUCCCGCCGCCGCAGCAGCCGCAACCGCCGCCUGCGCAGCCGCCCAUCUCGUUGGUCCAGCCAAUCAACACGUCGGACCCGGCUAAUCACCAGCUGACUAAGCAGGAGAGUUCGGACGUCCACUAGGCCACACGCUACGUUGCAGUACCGUUCGCCAGACAAACAAUAGUUUUAUCGUUCCAUCGCAAAUAUUGCUAAGUACCUACCUAUGUAAGCAGACGAGUGAUAUACGUGAUACGACACGUACGGCAUGCAUUGAGACGUCACUACUUAUUUGCUGCAGUUAGGGAUUUAACGCAACUAGCGUUUUAAAGAUUGAUUCAAAUAACAAACAAAAUAUAGUUUAUGUAAUUGAAUUAUGGUGAAAUAAUCGCGGAAUAGUUGAAUAUUGGGAACAUUACGCAAAAUUACAAGACCAUGUAAGGUAGCUGUAAAUAGCCUGAUUUGUAAUGUGUUUUUUUUUAUACUAAGAUGUUCAAUCAAACGGGCUAUGGCGGAGACUGGAGAAGCAGAAAUACGAGGGUU